GCAGCAGUGAUGUGGAUGUUAACCAUCUCUGACCGGGUCAUUCUACAGUUCUUUUUAUUCCAUCAUCCCUUGUAUAUGUCGUGUUUGUUUUCACCCUUGUUUCCUUGCUGUCCAUUAAACAUGAGAAGAAAGCACGCAACAAAGCCAGAACAAGAGAUAAACAGUUGACUAUCGUCGAUGCCUCCAUGGUGGUUCCUGGUGCACUUCAUGGUUGCAGUUCUUGCCGUGGAUGUUCAGGGGCGACAUGAUAUUACUCAUAAUAGCAGGUAUGCCUGCGCUCCUUUCUCUUGCGGACAUCUCCAAGAUGUCCAGUACCCUUUCCGCCAGCAAGGAGAUCCAUGGUGGUGCGGUUCUCCAUCAUAUGAGCUGACUUGCACCGAUAGCAGUGCUACAAUUCAGAUCAACACAGGGACAUACUUUGUCACUGAGAUUGACUACAAGUAUUCUUCCUUCUGGGUCGUGGACGCCAACUUGGACAUGAGCAGCAGCUGCCCUCUUCCUCGUUGGGAUCAACGCCCUUAUCUACAUGGCCUCCAGCAGUCCGACGGCUCCAUCAUAUUUGACCCUUUUUUCGUUACGUGGGCUAGCUUUGUGAAUUGUUCGCGGGUGGUCAGGAACAAUAGUGACUACAUACCGGUCACUUGCCUGAACACGAGGUAUUCUUUUGUCUAUGUGUUGAUUGACUAUAUUUCUGUUGGGAACCUUGAGCCUUCUUGCGGGUACUUGGCCAUGGCUGCUUUGGGUGGUUGGAGCAUGCGAUACGGUAAUGCAAGUCAUGAAAUUCUGGUAGAAUCCAUGAGGAGAGGAUUUGCCGUUAGGUUUCCUUUCAGAUAUGAAAGGACUCCGGAGGAUUUCAAGGGGUGCCUAAAGGAUCGCUUUGUUUGUGCAUUUGGAACAACAGUUCCUUCCAAUGAACAUCUCAGCACACUAAGGUUUGCAACAGUAUACUCCACAACAAUAUUGAAGUUGAUUGCUGUACUAUGCAGGUUAGUGGUUGCUCCUCUGGUGGUACUGUUCUUCCUAGCCCACAAAUACUGGAAAACAAGGAUCACAAUCGAUGCGGUUGAGAAGUUCCUACGGAUGCAACAAAUGGUCGGCCCGACAAGGUAUGCCUACACGGAUAUUGUCGCAGUAACAAGCCAUUUCAGAGACAAGCUGGGCCAGGGAGGCUAUGGCUCUGUGUACAAGGGCGUUCUACUCCCGGGCGAUGUCCAUGUGGCCAUCAAGAUGCUAGAUGGUAAAUCCAGCUGCGAUGGAGAAGAUUUCAUCAGUGAGGUCUCCACCAUCGGCAGGAUCCACCAUGUCAAUGUGGUGCGUCUGGUCGGGUUCUGCUCGGAGGAAAUGAGGAGGGCGCUAGUCUACGAGUAUAUGCCCCAUGGUUCUCUGGACAAGUACAUCUUCUCGGCCGAGAAGAUUUUCUCCUGGGACAAGCUCAAUGAAAUUGCCUUGGGCAUUGCCAGGGGGAUCAACUACCUGCAUCAAGGAUGCGACAUGCAGAUUCUGCACUUCGACAUCAAGCCGCACAACAUCCUUCUUGACAGCAAUUUCGUCCCAAAGGUUGCCGAUUUCGGCCUUGCCAAGCUAUACCCAAGGGACAACAAUUUUGUGCCGUUGAGCGCCCUACGGGGAACCAUUGGGUACAUAGCUCCUGAGAUGAUAUCCCGGAGCUUCGGCGUCAUAUCAACCAAGUCUGACAUUUACAGCUUCGGGAUGCUGCUGCUGGAGAUGGCCGGAGGACGGAGAAAUGCCGACCCGGGAGCGUCGAACUCAAGCCAGACAUUCUACCCGUCGUGGGUGUAUGACCGGCUAACCAAACAGGAACUGGGUGAGAUACGUGCUGAGAUGCAUGAGUUGGAGAGGAAGCUUUGUGUUGUUGGGCUUUGCUGCAUCCAGAUUCAGUCUCAUGAUCGGCCGGCGAUGAGCGAAGUCAUAGGGAUGCUCGAAGGCGGCGUGGAUGGCCUGCAGUUGCCUUCGAGGCCAUUCUUCUGUGACGACGGGCAGACCCCUGUAGCGGAGUCUUAUGAUUUCUGCUCUGGGCUGACUGCCAUUUCAGAGGAGCAUGAGUGA